AUGGCGGACUCCAAGCCGCCCACGCCUCCAGAGGCAACCCCUCCCGCGCCCUCAGCCACGACCCCUCCCUCAAAACCAACUCCCACCUCUACGACAACCACCGCCGCCCCUGGCCCCUCCGUCGCCGAAGCCUACAAAGCCCCGAAACCGAACCCCGUCUGGCAAAUGCUCGGCAUGCGCGGCCCGCCCAAACGCCUGCCCUCCCGCAACUGGAUGAUCUUCCUCUCCCUCACAGCCGCCUUCUCCAGCGCCGUCAUCUACGACAAGCGCGAGAAGAAGCGCGCCACCGCCCGCUGGGCCCGCGCCGUCGCCCCCCUCGCCGCCGAGCCCAUCGCCAACCCCUCCCAGCUGCCCCGCCGCCUCACCGUCCUCAUCGAGGCACCCCCCGGCGACGGCCUGCGCGUCGCCCAGGACCACUUCCUCGAGUACGUCAAGCCCAUCCUCGCCGCCUCGGGGCUCGACUGGGAGUUCGUCCAGGGCCGCCAGCAGGGCGACGUCCGCGCCGCCGUCGCAGAGAAGAUCCGCCGCAGGCGCUCCCGCGAGGAGCGCCCGGACGUCGAGCUGCUCCCGACCGAGGAGAACCUCCGCGACGCCAUGCGCCAGAAGAACGGCGUGCCCGAGUACGACGGCCCCGGCGGCGACAUCGUCAUCGGCCGCCACGCGUGGAAGGAGUACAUCCGCGGCCUGCACGAGGGCUGGCUCGGGCCCCUUGACCCGCCGCCGAAGCCCGAGGAGGACAAGGCCCCCAAACCCGACGACACAACCGCCGCCGCUACCACUGACGGCGAGACGCCCAAGAAAGAGGAGGAGCAACCAAAGCCAGAAGAAGAGGAAAAGAAACCCGCACGCCCGCCUCAACCCAUCCCCCACAACACCACCGCAGACUACCAAGCCGCCCACCUGCCCCCCUCCCUCCCCGCCGAGUUCUCCCCCUCCGAACCCAUCCCCUUCCCCCACCUCCUCGGCUUCUCCGGCACCUUCACCCGCCUGGGCCGCUUCCUCAACCGCCGCCGCCUCGCCGACGACAUCGGCCGCCAGGUCGCCGCCGUCUGCUUCGCCCACGCGCGCGAGUACCGCCCCACAGGCGACCCCGAGUGCCCCUACGAGCAGCAGGCGGCCCUCGCGCACGAGGAGCGCGACUGGGUCAAGAGCGCCUACAAGAAGCCCGAAGACGCCCGCGACGACGAGGAGCGCGCCGAGCUCUCCACCGAGCGCAUCUGGACGUCGCCCGUCGUCGUCGACCCGCGCAUCGCCGAGCGCAUGCGCCGCUUCGAGAUCGCGCCGGAGGUCGAGGAACGCGCGCGCACGAUCGAGGUGCCCGAGACCGAGGUCGAGGGCUGGAUCAAGAGCAACCUCCGCGCGCUGGGCAUCUGGACGUGGGAGACCGUCCGGCCCGCCGAGAGGAAGGGCCCGAAUGUGGGAAACGUUGAUGACGAGUGA